AUGUUGCGUGUCUUCGGGCGACCCACCAGCUCCAACACACAGAAGGUGCUGUGGACCUUGCAUGAGCUGCGCAGCAGGCCUAGUUUCGAUCUCGUCCUGGCCAGCGCACGAAUGGGUGCUGGGUCAAACUUACUUUGCGAGACUUCUGGCGGCAAGCCGUAUGGUGUUGUGGACACGGAAGAAUAUGCCCGAAUGAAUCCCAUGCGUACUGUUCCAUGCUUAGUCGAUGGGGACCUUGCGGUUUGGGAAUCGCAUUCGAUCGUGCGCUACUUGGCACAGAAAUAUUCUCCAGAUCUGCACCUGAGCUCGGUUGAGGGCCUGGCCAAGUGUUCUCCGUGGAUGGACUGGCUUCUCUUCACGAACUUCCACGAGUGCAACCAUCACCUUAUUGAUCAGACGGCGCGCACGCUGCCCGAACAAAGGGAUGUGGCCAAGAUGAGAGAAAGCUACAAAGGUUAUGUCGAACGUUUCCAAAAGGUGGAAAAGCGGAUAGAUGAAACCAAAGCGUUUCUUGCCGGGAACGAAUUCACCAUUGCAGACAUUGUGGUCGGAGCUGAAGUCUGCCGCUUCAGCUGCGGCAUGCUGCGCUGGGCGCAAGACGGAAUCCCGCACGGGUUGGAACGCGCCGAAUUGCCGUACCUGGAGUCAUAUUUCAGGAAGCUUCAAGAGAGGCCAGCAUUCCGUGAGAUGUGUCUCCGGCACGAGCGUGAACAUCAGCAGAUGGAGCCUCUUCAUCCGGACCGUCAUCAACCUCUGCUUCCAGAAUUUUGA